CCAAAAUCUCUAUGGAAACGACAACUAUUCGUCUGCGGUGGUCAUCGAUUUUAAUUGUUAUUUUUAUUAUUAUUAUUAUUCAGGCUGUACCUUUUAACAACUAUUUGGUGGACAUUUUGACGCUUACAGAUACAAACGUUUAGGGAAACUAGUGAACAAAUCCUUUAAAGUUUCUACGGAUGUGUGUGUGUGUGUGUGUGUGUGUGUGUGUAAGGUGUUAACUGGCUAACAUCAAAGCAGCUAACUCUCAUGGCAGACUGCUGGAACACAGACACCGGAGAAGCUGUUUAUAGGUCCCGGGAUGCUGUCAAAAACUUAAAAGUCAAGGUGCGUAUAGAAAGAGUGACCUCAACAGCAGCCCUUUCUCAGCGUCUCCAGCAGCAGGUUCUCUCUCAGCAAGAUCGGGAAGAAAUUGAGCUAGAAACCCUCUCACCACAAGGCCAAACAGGGGAAAAUGAAGAGGAGGUGGUGGUGGGCUGGCAGGAGAAACUCUUCAGUCAGUAUGAGAUGGAGCUGUUCCAGAACGAGGCAGCAUGUCAGACACCUCUGGACCGUCAGUACCACACAGAAAUCAAGGCCCUGAACAAAGCCAAGGGCCAGAGGAAUCACAGGAUUUUCACAUACACUGAUCAUGACCGCUACACCAACUGUCUUCCACUCCACCAACUGCAACACAUUGACCUACUGACCACAACGAAGUCCAGCCCCACCUUCCUGGCUGAGAGGAUGGCCACGGUGAGACACAGACGACAAGAAAGACGCACCAUUGAUUGCAGCGUCCCUAAGUCAAGAAUUAUCAACUGGGAACCCACAGAGGAGUUUGUGAAGAGCAGUCAUGUGGUGAAUAAUGUUAUGCAGACCAUGCACAUUAUGGGAGACCUGGGUCCCCCUGGAAGAAUGGGCCAGAAAGAGAACGAGUGUUUACUGUUAACCAUAAAAACAGAUGGCAGUGGAACCGUCAUUGUAAAACCUGACUUCAACAAAGACAGGGAGCCCUACAGGAUUGUAACAGAAGGUGAGAAAAGAGAAGUUUGGCGUCUUACUGUCCAGAAUGUGUCCACAACCAUGAAUCCUGAGGAAAAAGAAAAGGAGCAGAACAUGUACAGAGAUCUGUAUGUGAGGCAUAAGGAGUACCUCAAUAGCCUUGUUGGACAGGACUUUGAAAUGAAGUCUAUCGUCCAGCCCCCGAUAGGUCUUCUUCGUUACCUGAUGAAUGGAGAGAUUGUCUCCGCUAAAGGCUUUGAAUAUGAUAAUUUGUACAUCCACUUCUACUUGGAGCUGCCGAACAAUUGGUCCAGCUUGCCGUUCCAGUCUCUGUCAGGGGUUACCCAGACCUGCCGCUCCAAGUCAUUAGGGAAGGAAAACGUGGCUUUCUUCAGUCACCCCUUCAACUUCGAGGCUUUUUACAUGAGUGAAAAAGAGAGUGAUGAACUGAUCCCUCAGUGGCCAGUGCUCUACUUUAAGGUUCUGUCUGUGGACUCCUGGCAGCGCUAUCGAACAGAAGGCUACGGCUAUCUGCUUUUUCCUGCCAUGCCUGGUAAGCACACAAUGACCUGCCACACAUGGAGACCCCUUCAGACAGGGACGGUGUCUGCACUGAGACGUUUCUUUAUCGGCGGCUCUGCGGAGCUGGAAGAUCACAGCUACGUCAGGAUACCAGGAACUUUCAAGGGAGAACGGCUGAGUCGCUUCGGCUUUUGCACUGAAACCACCGGAAGUGUGACUUUUAAUCUGCACUGCAUGCAGCAAGCCAGGGCCUUGGCUAAAGCUGUGGUUCUAAAGAAGAGGAGACAGAACGUUGCUGAUCAGCUGGGAGGAUUUAGUCAGCAGGGAGCUGUUUGUGCCAUCCUGGAGGCAUUCCAGAGAGCCAGAAGAAAGAUGCAAGAGGCCAGAGAAAGUCUUCCAGGAGAUGUCAUCAACUCAACAUCCCAACUCCAGCUUGAUUCCUCUGUAUAGUCUUCAAACUCACGACAGCAGCUCUCACCCUGCUCCUUUAACCUGCUGGUUUUAGAUAAAGAGCAAACACAGUGUGUGGAUGGUUUGUGUCGCUUAUUUAUUCUCAGCUGGAUAAGUAUGACUUUGUUAUAACUGUUUAGGAAGCAGAUCCGGGAUGACUUUCAGCACUAGUUCGAUCGGGAAAUGACGUCACAUCCGCGUUCUUGUUGACAAAGUCGGAAAAUUCGCAAAACCAUUAUGUCCGCCGCCAGGAAGGUCCUGGUUUUGCUCGCUCGUUCUCUUUACACACGUUUUUGAACCGGUAUGUGGAAAUGAUCACAGAAGAAUAUGAAAAACAUCGAAGAUAAAACACGACUUCACACAAGGAAAACUGAACUGUGGUUGUUUGAUGUAGUUUCUCAUGUGUGCAUCUUGUUUUUGUUUAGUGUACAUAAAGUUUAUGGCGGAACCAACCGUUGAUUUGCUGGGCAGCCAUCUUUACUUGGUGAAGUCGGGGUUGGGGAGUUUGCCCUGCCGGAUAUCCGACUUCAAGGGGCGUUCGCGUUCUAUUUCCGACCGGGAACUCGGAAAAUCCGAUAUCCGAGUACAAAUCGAGCGUACCUUAAGUAUCACCUGUUGCAAUCUUUGUAUUUUUAUUAUUUAUCUGACGUUACAGAUGUUUCAUCUUUAGAGCUAUUGACAGUGGAGUAAAGUACAUUUUUUUUAACGUCUUGAUUCAUUCAUUCAUUCUCUGUCCGGCUUUGUCCAUCAUGGGUUGCGGGGAAGCUGGAGCCUGUCCCAGCGUUUUAACAGCUGAGAGGCAGGUACACCU